AUGUCAGAUACUCGAUCGGACUGUCAGAAACUCGGGUCGCCUGAAAUUGCUCGUCAUCAGUUCUUGUUGACCGUUCUCCCCCUGCCGGCUCCCCCCACCUACAAUUGCCUGUUGACCACCAACUUGCACUUGCCCCUCAAACUUGCAACCGGCAACUUCUUCUUACAACAACUUCAACUUGAACAACUUCACCUUCAAGUCACUCUUAGCAGCACCAUCAUGGCGCCCUAUACCAAACCUGAGACCGUGCUUAGGCGCUCCGAGGAGCUCCUCUCGGUCAACCAACCCAUGUCCGCCUUGGCAUCGAUCUCUGAAAUCUUCUCCUCCAAGCGAUUCAGACAAACACCCCUCUCCUCACUCGAACCGAUCAUGUUACGAUUCAUCGAUCUCUGUGUCCUCCUCAGAAAAACUCGGAACGUCAAGGAGGGUCUACACAUGUACAAGAAUGUAGCCCAAAACACUAGCGUCAGUAGUGUCGAAAUGGUCGUCCAGCACUUCAUCACCAAAUCCAAGGAGAAGUUGGACGAAGCCUUGGCUAAGGUGGAUGAGAUCGAAGGGCCACUCGUCGCCGAAGGAGCUGACCAGGAGAACGGCGCCGCUCUCGUCGAUGAUCUCGAGGCUACCGAAACCCCUGAGAGUUUGCUGAUGUCCACCGUCAGCGAGGAAAAAUCUAGAGAUCGUACCUAUCGAGAAUUAGUUACCCCAUGGCUGAGAUCGCUCUGGGAGGCCUAUCGAACUGCUCUUGACAUACUCAGGAACAAUUCUCGUCUGGAAAACUUCUACCAGCAAAUCGCCACCGAGGCCUUCGAGUUCUGUCUCACCCACACCCGCAAGACCGAGUUUAGAAGAUUGGCAGAAACUUUGCGAUCGAACCUCGCAUCAUCCCAAAAAUACACCAACCAGGCCCACUCCAUCAACCUGUCCGAUCCUGAUGUGCUUCAGCGUCAUCUCGAGACUCGCUUCCAGCAGCUCAACACAUCUGUCAAGCUUGAGCUAUGGCAGGAAUCCUUCCGCACCGCUGAAGAUAUCAACGGGCUCAUCGGUUUGAGCAAAAAGGUACCCAAAAACCAUGUCAUGAGUGCCUUCUACGAAAAGAUGAUCCGAGUCUUUGGCGUGGGUGAGAACCACUUGUUCCACGCGGCUGCUUACAACAAGUAUUUCACCAUCCAAGCCAACGUUGCGGCCGAUCAACCGGACAAACUCAAAAAGUUAUCCGGUCUUGUCUUGUUAUCUGCCUUAGCCGUACCGGUCGUUGGCUCGAGCACAUCUACCAAUGAACCUCAAAGGAAGAUGAGAGACAACGAGGAGGACUCAAACAGCUUGAACAAGACCAAACUGGGUCGUCUCGCUAGCCUGCUGGGGUUGACUUCCUUGCCCACUCGUGCGAACCUGUUGAAGGACGCUCUGAUGAGAGGAGUACUGAAGAAGUCGUCGCCCGAGCUGCACUCGUUAUACGAAAUCCUUGAAGUCGACUUUCAUCCACUCUCGAUCACUUCCAAGAUCCAACCCAUCUUACAGCAGCUUUCUGAGGAUGAAGAAACCAAGCGAUAUGUCGAGCCACUGAAAGAGGUCGUGCUCACUCGUCUCUUCCAACAACUCUCCCAAGUGUACGAUUCCCUGAAAUUAAAUCGAGUGAUCAAAUUAGCAUCCUUCGGAGAUUCUGAGCCUGAGAACUUGAAAAUCACUCGCAUUAGAGUUGAGAAGUUUUUGAUGGAAGCUUGCAAACGUGGUGAAUUGGAGGUGACGUUGGACCAUUCAAGCCAGCUGAUCAAGUUUACAGAUCGGAUGUUCGAAAACGAAACUAACAGUCAGAUCAGCUCAACCCAACUUCCGACUUCGAACAUUCCAUCCUUACUGAGCUUCAACAAGGACCAAGACUUGGUCCCCACUCAGAGUCUCGCCAAAAGUGGCGUCCUUCAACCCAACUCGGCCAGCUUACUUCGUACUCAUCUAACCCGCUUGGCCAGCGCCCUCACAGUCUCGCUCAAUCACAUCAUGCCUGUUCUGUCGACGAUCAAUGAGACUGCCACACCAGACCUUCAUCUGGUGAAAUCGGUUGCCCUGCAAGCCUUACAGAUUGACGGUCCUAAACAGAGAAAGAUGCUACAGAAACGGAAGGUGACGAUCGAAGAACGAAAACGAAAGGUCGAAGAGCUCAGGCAGAAGCAAGAUAUCGAGGAAGCAAAAGCUAAGGCGCUGAGGAUCAUCCAAAUCCAAGAAGAACAACAGAUUCGCCUGCAGAAGCAGAAUAAGGAGAGAGAGAUCAAGAAACUCAAGGAUGAAGCUGAUAAAAUUCGGGCGGCUGAAGCCGAGAAAGUUGCUAUGGCGUUGGCUGCUCAGGCCGGUCUGAACGUUGAUAUCAAGAACUUGAAGGGCGUAGAUACCAACACGAUCAUUCAAAUGGGAGUCGAACAAAUCGAAAAGGAGAAGAAAGAGUUGGCAGCGAAAAUGAAAACGGUCAACAAACGAUUAGAUCAUACCGAACGAGCCAUGCGACGAGAAGAGAUUCCCCUGUUGGCGGAGGACUACAAACUCCAACAAAUCAGGGAUGAGACGAAUAUGAAGAAGUUACAAGAGGAACUUGUCGAAGGAUUGCAAACUAAGCACGCAAAUGAGGUGACGAUCAAACACAAGUUGCAGAAGAUGAUGCCCGACUUCCUCAAAUUCAAAGAACGGAUAGCCAACCAACGAGGCCAUGAUUACAAGAAAGCCAAGGAAGAAUCGCUGAUCAAGAUCGAGCAAGCGAAGAUCGAGCGUCGUGCCCAGGUGGUCAAGGAGCGCAAGCUUGCGAAAGCCAAGGCGGCCGAGGAGCUCAAAAUGAAGGAGGAGGAGGAGCGACUCGAAGAGGAACGCAAGAAGAAGCAGGCAGAAAUUGACGAGCAGGAGCGCAUCCUCAAGGCCGAGGCCGAGGCUAAAGCUAAAGCCAUGCGUGAGGAACGUGAGAAAGAGAGGGCUGCUGCUGCUGAAAUGGCUGCUAAACAAGCCCAGAGAGAAGCCGAAGCUAUGGCUAAGAGAGAAAAUAAAAAACUCGCCGAACGAGCCGCUGCUCCACCUUCCGCUGGGCCGGCAGCACCGACGGCUGAACCAUGGCGACGAACGGGACCAGGAAUCGGAGCAGGCGCGGAGGCGGGGGCGAUAGUGAGUGGGGUAGCGGCGUCGGCGGCUGAAGCCCGACCACCGGUGGUAGCUGAGCUCAAGCGGCCGACGAUCCUGCCCGGUGCGACCAAGGCGGGUGGCUGGCGAGAGCGACUGGCAAUGAAGGGUGGCGAGGAGAGCGAGAGCACCAGCCCGGUCGGCGGCCUCAGUCGCGUUUCCUCCGCCUCGGGCACCCGCCGCGACAAUCUUCCGCCUCCUUCCACCGGAACGGGUGGCUCCGGAAACGCCUACAAACCUCCCCAGAAUCGUACCGAACCUGGCUCGGGAGCUAAUUCAAGAACCCCGAGUGGAAGAGGUGCCUCCAGAUGGUAGUCUUCUCUUGUCUCUUGGUUGCCCAAAUCCGUACUUUCGUUCCGCUUCCAAAAAUAAGUUCAUUCAUACAUAUUCUACCCACCCAUUUACCUUUCCCUAUCUCUCUAUCUAUAUGACUACAAAUUAGAAGAAACUACAAAAAAAACCCUCAUAGGGUUUGUUCUUAGUUACCAACAACUCUUACCAGAUCUUUUCUCUCGUUUCUUUUUUUUUUCUUUUGUUCUGGUCAAUGGGUUCGAUCUUGGGAUUCGGUCCGAGUUAGAAGCUUUUGGUCCCCUUUAGUUUUCUUUUGUUUUAUGUUAUUAUUGUUUUUUUUGUUUGAUGACUAGUAGACUAGAAUCAAAUGACGAAAAAGAUAUGGUUUGCUUUC